UUGCUUUCUGAGUUGCAGUUUGGGAGCACUAAGUGCUUUCGGAUUUACUAAAAGUUUAAACAUCACAGUCUAACAACCUAACGCAUGAUCCAACGGAAUAAAGGGAACUAUUGAAGGGGAACACACUAUUGUAAUCAGGAUGAGGAGAGUGUGAAGAGGCUUUUUAAAUCUGAGUCGGAGGGGACAGAGAGAGCGAGCGAGUGAGCGGCGCUUUUGCCCAUGGCGGGCGACACCAGCACCCUCUCGUGGCGACUGCCCAGCCCGAGUAACGACGGCACGAACUCGAGUCCCGGGUUCAACUUCACGGGCGACGGCGGACCGGUCAAGAUCCUUAAGGUGUGCUUCUCCAGCAGCUCGAACCUGGGCCGGAACUUCAAGCUUGUCAAAUGUGACAGCUCCUGGCAAAUACGGGCCAUCAUCAAGUCCAUCCUGAUCAGUGGGCGCUUGGGCCCCAACGUCCAGAAUGCCGGCUGCUACGGACUUCAGCUCAAACACCUCAAGUCUGCGGAGCUCCACUGGCUCCACCCAGACCUGACCAUAGGGGAGAUGGAGCAGAAAUACGAGAGCCACCACAUUGAGGCCGAGUGGAGGUAUGAUCUGAGAAUUCGUUACAUCCCAGCUAAUUUCUUGGAGAAGUUUAAAGAGGACAGGACUUCCUUGUUGUAUUUAUACCAGCAGGUGCGGAGCGACUACAUGCAGUAUCACGCCCACAAAGUGAGUGAAGGCAUGGCCCUGCAGCUCGGCUGUCUGGAAAUCAGGCGGUUUUACAAAGACAUGAAUGCCAAAGGCCUUGAGAAGAAAUCUAAUUUUGAACUUUUAGAAAAGGACGUCGGCCUGGACCUGUUCUUUCCUAAACAACUAAUUGAUGGGAUGAAGUCACGCCAGCUGAGGAAGCUGAUCCAGCAGACGUUCCAGCAAUACGCCAACCUGAAGGAGGAGGAGUGCAUGAUCAGGUUCUUCCAGACCUUCGGCGAGUUCUUCAGCUUCGACAAGGAGGUCUACCCCUGUGAGCUGGUGCAAGGCUGGAGCUUGUCAGUGGAUUUGGUCAUUGGAUCUAAAGGGAUCUGCCAACGCUCACAAACAGACUCACACCCCAUUUGUCUGGCGGAAUUCCAGCAGAUCAGGAGCAUCAAGUGCUCCACACGGUCUGACAGCAAGGCCUUACUGACUGUAGACAUCGAGGGAGCCAAACAGCCUCUUUCUGUUAAUGUACCUACGCUAGCCAUGGCCGAGAACAUGGCUGAUCUUAUCGAUGGAUACUGUCGGCUGGUGAACAAAGUAGACAUCUCACUGAUACUGAGGUCAAACAAAGAUCAUAGACCGUCUCUUCCAGAAAUACCUUCAGGGGGAGGACAGACUGGCUCAUUCAGAUAUAGCAGGGGAUCUGACAUAUACUGUGAAAUACUUGAUGAAAGGCCUCCAUCUUCUGCCUCUAAGUAUGGGAUAUCCAGGAAAGACAUUGUCUUGGGACGCAUCCUCGGUGAAGGUUUCUUUGGAGAGGUACAUGAAGGAGUUUUCAAGCAAAGGAAUGCGGAGAAGAUCAGUGUGGCGGUGAAGACCUGCAAAGACUGUUCACCUGACGUCAUGGAGAAGUUCACGAGUGAAGCAGUGAUUAUGAAGAACCUGGACCAUCCGAAUAUUGUGCGCCUGAUCGGGAUCAUUGAGGAGGACCCUGUCUGGAUCGUCAUGGAGCUCUACCAAUAUGGAGAGCUGGGUAACUACCUGGUGGAUAAUCAGCACACCCUGACCAACAUCACCCUGGUGCUCUUUAGUCUGCAGAUCUGCAAAGCCAUGGCCUACCUGGAGGGCUUGAAAAUGGUGCACAGAGACAUAGCUGUGAGGAAUAUCCUUGUGGCAGACCAUGACUGUGUAAAACUGGGGGAUUUUGGUCUCUCCAGGUAUAUUGAGGAGGAGGAAUACUACAAAGCGUCGUUGAGCAGACUACCCAUUAAGUGGAUGGCUCCUGAAUCGAUCAACUUCAGGAGGUUCACCUCCGCCAGUGAUGUGUGGAUGUUUGCCGUGUGUAUGUGGGAGAUCAUGAGCCGUGGUAAGCAGCCUUUCUUCUGGCUGGAGAACCACGCAGUGAUCAACCAGCUGGAGCAAGGCAUCCGUCUGCCCAAGCCCGAUCAGUGCCCACCUGCCCUCUACUCCCUCAUGACCAACUGCUGGAGCUACGACCCGCGAGAGAGACCCAGCUUCACUGAGCUCGUCUGCAGGAUCAGCGACGUCAACAAGAUGGAGAAGGAGCUGGAGGGGGAGAGGGAGCGAGAGCGGGCACGCUCUACCCGUUUCCUGGAACCCAAAUUCACCUUCAAUGAGGGGCCUCCGGCCAAGCCCUCAAGAAUGAACGCCGGACGCUUCGGCAACACGGUCAGCAUCGGCCUGCACAUCCAGCUAAAUGAAGCGUUGUGCGCUAGCUCUCCUGACCUGGCCAGCCCCUGUGAGUAUAUGUCCCCUGUCGACUCCACCAACAGACUGAUGCUGCCAGUAAUGUCCCCACGUCGACGCAGUAUGGGGGAAGGGGACUUCAGCAUGCCCCCCACCAGUAAGGAGGACGCCCAGCGUCUGUGGCAAACGGAGAAGAUACGCAUGCAGGACACCCUGAGGAAGCAGAAGCAGGAGAUGCAGGAGGACAGUGCCUGGCUGGAGAAGGAGGAGAAGCUACUGGACCCGAUUGCUUAUGAUCCCAUGAACCCACAGUCCCCAGACUAUGUUGGUGAAUACGCUGAGCUUCAGAAACCGCCACCUGACAAGCCUCCUAGAAUCUCUAUACAGCCUGCCCCUACAGCUGAGCUGGACCGCUCUGAUGAUAAGGUCUACCAGUCUGUCAUGGAACUGGUGAAGGUGGUGGUGCAACUCAAGAACGACGUCAACACAACGCCCUCCACCCAGUACAUCUCCAUGGUCAAGAAUGUUGGACUGGCUCUGCGGGCUCUGAUCCGUGAUGUGGACGACAUUCUGCCGACUCUGCAUGAAUCGAAGCGGACAGAGAUCGAGGGCACCCAGAAGCUGCUGAACAAAGACCUGGCGGAGCUCAUCAGCAAGAUGCGGCUGGCGCAGCAGAAUGCCAUCACCUCGCUCAAGGACGAGUGCAAGAAGCAAAUGCUGACCGCCGCGCACACGCUCGCCAUGGACGGCAAGAACAUGUUGGACGCCGUGGACCAGGCACGAGUGCGCUCCAAUCUGGCCAAGCCCAACCCGCCGUCUCCUUAGUGGGACAGAGCAUCGAAGACGCCAGCCUGAGGAGUGGCCUGAGGUUUCGCCUCAUGUGUUAGGUGAUGGGACUCAUGAACCUAUGACACACAUGCUGAGAAGAUUGGCAUGUGCUGGACAUUCAUCGUAGUUGGCUCCCUCUAGUGGUCUAGACCUGUGUUUACCUCCGGUAUCACUUACAGACAGUGCCAAAAUAUAUUAAAUACUUUUAUAAAAUACUUUUUAAAAAUGUUUUAUAAGAUAGUAUAAUUAUUAUGCCCCAUUUCUUGGCAAUGACAUUACAUGGCAAUUGUGUCAUAUUUAGAUUGUGGGUUGUUUCAUGAAUUUUUUUUUUAGUAAAGUUUCAAAAUGUCAGCCAAACUGCCUUUAUAGCAUCACCUAUAAUGUCAUGAAUAUGUGGCCAAACUUCAGAACACUGUAAGAGAACCAAAUUCUCAGCUAUUAAGGAACAUCAUUCAGUAAAGAUAAUGUGCAUAGAAUAUGACAGCUAUGGAGAAUAUGUGUGGAGAUUAGAUAUUUUUGUGUUGGACAACAUACAAUGGAAACAAACCAAAGAAAGUCAUAUGCUUGGAAUAGUGGGUACUGCAACACCAAAAUAUGUUUUGUAUAUUCUUAGUUCUGCUAUCAUACACUGUAAGAAAUCCCAGUCCCUUAACUUGCUUGCUUACUUAACUUAACAUAUCUGAGGUCUGUUAACAAGACAAUAUGUGUUACUGUUUAAAGCCAUUGUAUGUUUGUGUUGUAGGGGAAUAUAAAUAUGGGCCAUGAAAUCA